CUUUAUCAGUGCAUCCAACAACCGUUAUUUCUGCAUUGAGAUACCUGUUAAUGUCACCAGGUAGCUCAUAUCCCUCGCUGUGCUUCAGACUCGCAAUAUUUAGCUUGACCGAACAGCUUCUCGCAACACUCUAGCUGGUAGCCAGUUUCCCACUCUGUAUCUAAAAAGAAGAUGCCUAGUGCACCGAAGCAGCGGAAGAUAGCUAUUGUUGGCAGUCGCUCUGUGGGUAAAUCUUCCCUUACAGUUCGAUUUGUUGAACAUCAUUUUGUAGAAAGCUACUAUCCAACAAUUGAAAAUACAUUCAGUCGAAUCAUCAAAUACAACGGUCAAGAUUACGCAACUGAGAUCGUCGAUACAGCUGGUCAAGAUGAGUACAGUAUAUUAAACUCGAAGCAUUUCAUCGGAAUACAUGGGUAUAUCAUUGCCUACUCGGUGGCUUCUCGCCAGUCGUUCGAUAUGGUGAGAGUUAUACGUGAUAAGAUCUUAAAUCACCUUGGUGCUGACCAUGUACCCCUUGUACUCGUCGGAAAUAAGAGCGAUCUCAAAUCUGAACAACGACAGGUCUCGCUGGAUGAAGGCCGGCAGCUUUGUGAGGAAUUUCAUUGUGCAUUUACCGAGGCUAGUGCUCGUCUCGACUACAAUGUUGCGAAGGCGUUUGACUUAAUGAUUGGGGAAAUUGAAAAAUCCCAAAAUCCGUCGCAACCCGCAGGGAGCAACAAAUGCGCUAUAAUGUGAUCUAAAGCCUAAGGUGUAACGGGAUUAAGCGUCCGACCGGGAUGGCCUGGAAGAUGGGCAUGUCUCAGUUGGAUACCAUUUCAAGCAUGGGAAAGACUCCAUAGGUGCCCAUUUCCCUUCAGUUGUUAUAUGUCUGGGUUAUUUUGUCUUUGUUGCUCUCUACUGGUGCAGAUGUGAUUUUUCUAUGGCGCUCAAUUUAUCUUGCUAUUGUUUGUCGCCAGUAUCUAAUAUUACAUUAUCUAAUACAUUUUUUCAAUUCAUAUCAUGCCGUG